AUGACUGCAGCCAACUAUUUCACACCUUCCGUCAAAGUCGCUACUGAUAAGGUUCAUUAUUCAGAGACCGAAUUGACUACUAAAUACACUUAUGUCAAUUCCAUAGUCACGGAAAAUGCGGCUACCAACACCGUUGACGUUAACCCCAUCAAACAAGAAUAUGAUUUCAAGGUCGAUUUGAAAUUGCCUCGUGUCGGUGUGAUGCUUGUUGGUAUCGGCGGUAACAAUGGUACGACUUUCUUAGCAUCAAUCUUGGCUAAUAGACAAAAGAUGAAAUUCCAUAACAAAGAGGGUCUAAAAGAAGCUAAUUAUUAUGGCUCUGUGACCCAAUGCUCUACUCUAAAACUUGGUGUCAGACCGGAUGGAAACGACUUCUACGUUCCAUUUAACUCUUUAUUGCCAUUUGUAUCCCCCAAUGAUUUUGAAGUUACCGGUUGGGAUAUUAGUGCUACGAACUUGGGUGAUGCUAUGGAAAGAGCCCAGGUAUUGGAGUAUGAUUUGCAACGUCAAUUAAAACCUGAAAUGUCUGAAUACAAACCAUUACCCUCGAUCUAUUAUCCUGAUUUCAUUGCCGCCAACCAAGAUGGCAGAGCGGACAACUGUAUCAACAGACCUAAUAAUGCUGGACCUGCUUCUACUAAAAACAAAUGGGAGCAUUUGGAAAGGAUUAGAGCUGAUAUUCGUGAGUUCAAGCAACAAAAAGAUUUGGAUAAAGUUAUCGUACUGUGGACUGCUAACACUGAAAGAUAUGCUGACAUCAUUCCUGGUGUUAACGAUACCGCUGACAACUUGUUAAAUGCUAUUAAACAGGAUGGCGAAGAAAUUGCACCAUCUACUAUAUUUGCAGUUGCAUCUAUCUUGGAAGGUUCAGUUUAUAUCAAUGGAUCACCCCAAAACACGUUUGUUCCAGGUGUCAUUGAAUUGGCAGAACGUGAAGAUAGUUUUAUCGCUGGCGAUGAUUUUAAAAGUGGUCAAACUAAGAUUAAGUCGGUUUUGGCCCAAUUCCUUGUAGAAGCUGGUAUUAAACCAACAUCAAUUGCCUCUUACAACCAUUUGGGUAAUAACGAUGGUUAUAACUUAUCAUCUGAAAGACAAUUCAAAUCAAAGGAGAUCUCCAAAAAAUCUGUGGUUGACGAUGUAGUUGCUUCUAACCCAUUGCUAUACAACGAUAAAUUGGGCAAUAAAAUCGAUCACUGUAUUGUCAUCAAAUACAUGAAUGCCGUGGGUGAUUCAAAAGUUGCAAUGGAUGAAUAUUACAGUGAAUUGAUGUUGGGUGGUCACAAUAGAAUCUCUAUACACAAUGUUUGUGAAGACUCUCUCUUGGCAACCCCGUUGAUCAUUGAUCUGCUGGUUAUGGCAGAAUUUUGUACAAGAGUCUCAUACAAAAGGGUUGGUGAUGGUAGUACUGAAUAUGGUAAGUUCUACAACAUUUUAUCAUUCUUAUCGUACUGGCUAAAGGCGCCAUUGACUAGAAAGGGUUAUCAAGCAAUUAAUGGCCUAAACAAGCAACGUUCUGGUUUGGAAAAUUUUAUGAGAUUAUUGAUCGGUUUACCCGCUCAGGAUGAAUUAAGAUUCGAAGAAAGAUUGAAAUAG